CUCUGGCUCUGUCUCUGGCCACGGCUCCGGCUCCGGCUCCGGCUCUGGCAUCAGUGGCGGCUCUUCUCCUUCCGGCACUGGCCCCAGCGGUGUCAGCCCUACCGACAUCACCGGCUCUGGCUCUCCUAAGGGUCCCACCCCCUCUAGCACCCCUGUCACUCCUGGUGGCUCCUCUCCUACCGGUGGUGUGAUUGGCGGCGGCUCUGGCCACGGUUCCGGCUCUGGCUCUGGCUCUAUCGGCGGAUCUGGCUCUGGCUCUAGCUCUGGUCACGGUUCCGGCUCUGGCUCUGGCUCUGUCGGCGGAUCUGGCUCCGGCUCUGGUGCUGGUGCUGCCACCACCCCUUGCGAGACUCUUACCGGUGAGACUGUUGUCCCUGUUGCUACCCAAACCCAGGGUGGUUCUUCUCCCAGCGCUCCUGCCGGUAACAACGGCGGCUCUCCUAGCGGUGCUUCUACUACCCCUUGCGAGACUCUCACCGGCGAGACUGUUGUUCCCGUUGCUACCAACACUGCUGGCGGUUCUUCUCCUAGCGCCCCUGCUGGCAACAACGGCGGCUCCCCUAGCGGUGCUUCUCCUACCGGUGGUGUCCCUAGCGGCAGCUCCAGCGGCUCUUCCGGCUCUUCCAGCGGCUCUUCCAGCGGCUCCUCUGGCAGCUCCAGCGGCUCCGGCUCCAGCUCCAGCGGCUCUUCCAGCGGAUCCUCUGGCAGCUCCAACGGCUCCGGCUCCAGCGGCUCUGGCAGCUCCAGCGGCUCUUCCAGCGGAUCCUCUGGCAGCUCUAACGGCUCCGGCUCCGGCUCCAGCGGUAGCUCCAGCGGAUCCUCUGGCUCUUCGCCCAAUGGCUCCGGCUCCAACGGUGCCUCUCCCAGCGGUGCCAGUGCCGAUUCUGCCACUACUCCUUGUGACACCAUUGUCAGCGAGACUGUUAUCCCUGUUGCUACCAACACUGAGGGUGGCUCUGUUCCCACUGCUCCUGCUCAGACUGGUGCUGUGCCCACUGGCACCGCUCCCGCUGGCGGUGCUGCUCCCUCUGGUGGUGCUCCUGGUGGUGCUGCUCCUUCCGGUGCCGCUCCCUCGGGUGGUGCUGCCGGCGGUGCUGGUGGUGAUGUCUCCGCCACUCCUUGCGAAACCUCCGUUAGCGAGACUGUCGUCCCCGUUGGUACCCAGACUGUGGGUGGCUCUGGUGCCGCUCCUUCUGGUGGCGCCGCUGGUGGUGAGGCUCCCUCUGGUGUUGCCAGCGUUCCUGCUGUCCCUACUUCCAGCACCGUCCCCGAGGGCGCCAGCGCUGACUCCACCACCACUCCUUGCGACACUCUCGUUACUGAGACUGUCAUCCCUGUUGCUACUCAGACUGAGGGCUCUCCUGCCCCCAGCGGCACCGCCGCUGAGGGAGGCUCCGCCCCUCAGAUCACCACCGCCCCUGUCGCAGGCUCCGGCUCCGGCUCGGGCUCUGAUGUGGUCACUGUCACUGUCACCACCACUGUGAGCGUCGCUGCUUGCGAGUUGUCUUAA